AUGGCAAGACACAAGGCUGUUUCAUGGGCACAGCUCUUCUGCUUCUUCAGCGUGCUCUGCAGAGGGAUUCUGUCCUCGGGCCAUGUGCCUAUGCUGCUCUGGUCAACACACAGAUCUCUCCAAGGCUUAGCAACUACUUUACAUGAAGGACAUAUCAUCUCAGAGCAUGAGCUGCAUAUGUUACUGCAACGUCCUGUGGUUUCUUCAGAUUCAGGAAACAUUGUCUUGUUUCUUCAAGAUACGCUUAGCGUGGAUGACUUCACACGUUACACCGACUCUUCUGGAAAUGAGACACCAUUUCGCAAUGUUCAGGAACUUCUUAAGACUUCAUCAUCAUCUUUAGUUUUGCCAGCUGUUGACUGUGAUGCUAUCAGUCACCUUUCAGAUUACCUCCAGGAAACACUGAAUUGGACCUUAGUAAAUGUAGAUGGCCAUGAUAUAUCGCAGCUAAUGGUGAAUGAAUCCCAACGCAACCUAUUCGUGAUCAAUCUACCGCCAAUGAAGAGAACAAAUGAACUUACCACUCAAACGGAAUUCGUGGAGAAUGACAAAAUAAUUGGAGGGUUUACCAAGUCUUUGCAGAACCAAGGAAUCCAAUCUUUAGCCAUUUUUACAGCAAGGCAACCUUCAAAGGUACCACUGGGACUGGAUGUAGCAUGGCCUAGAAGGCGACAACUGAUGUCUAUAGAAGAACAAGAGAAUGGUCUAUAUCCUCCACUGAAUGUAACUAAGGAGGUCAAUGGGACAAAAGUCACAUGCAUCCUCUUUUAUGCCACUACCUUCAACCUAACAGCCAACACCAAUACCAUGGAUCUAGCAAAUCGAACAUUCAUGUUAGGUGAUGUGGAUACCACUUCAUCCUAUUGUUCAGACACUAAUACAACAUUGUCAUUAAAAUACACCAAUCCAAUGCCUGACAUCAAGACUCUGGAAAUAAGUUUUCUGAUGAGCAACAAGUUCUAUGAAGGCUCUGCUCGAAACUGGUUCACUUUAGAUUUUGUUCAUAUUGUACAAGAUGGCGGGCCUGCUGCUAUAUUUAACGUCACCAGCAUCUCUAGUCCUGUGGAGUAUUCAUUUCAUUGCCAGCUGGUGGGAACAAGCAACCUCUAUGGUGUGACGUUGAUUCCAUUCCGUGGAGAAACUAAAAACUUGGAAGUUGUCAUUUCUGAGUUCCAAAUUCAAGCUUUCAGUGUUGAAAACAACCGGUUUUCCUAUGCAAGUGACUGUACAGGCUUCUUCACCCCGGCCAUAUGGAUGGGUUUGGUGACUUCAUUAGUUUUAUUAUUGAUCCUAACAUAUGGAAUUCACAUGAUUACGAAUCUCACAACAAAUAGUAGAUUUGAUGACCCGAAAGGUCCAGCUCUUUCAGUACCUCAGUCAGAGUAA